AUGUUUGCCCGAACUGCUUUCAGGGCCGCGCAACCCCUUAAGUUGCAAGCCCGCCGCUACGCUACCGAGCCGGCCGCCAAGGGCAGUAGCUCCAAUACGGCGCUCUACGCCGGCGCCGCGGCCGCCGUUGCGGGCGGCGCUUACUACUUCCUUGCUGGCUCCUCUCCGGCGGCCCAGAAGGCCGAGGCCAAGGUCAAGGAGGCCGUCGGCGCGGCGCCCAAGAAGGCCCUCACGGGUGGCGAUCAAGGGUUCGUGUCGCUCAAGCUCGAGGACUCGGAGAUUAUCAACCACAACACCAAGAAGCUCCGCUUCAAGCUGCCCGAAGACGACAUGGUUUCUGGUUUGGAUGUUGCCAGCGCCAUCUUGACCAAGUACAAGGGCCCCGAGGACGAGAAGCCUACGCUGAGGCCUUAUACUCCUACCAGCGAUGAGGACGCCAAGGGCUACCUCGAGCUCAUUGUCAAAAAAUACCCCAACGGCCCCAUGUCGACGCACCUACACGACUUGACCCCCGGCCAGCGCCUCGACUUUAAGGGCCCGCUUCCCAAGUACCCCUGGUCGCCCAACAAGCACGAGCACAUCGCCCUCGUGGCCGGCGGCACGGGCAUUGCCCCUAUGUACCAGCUCACGCGCGCCAUCUUCAACAACCCCGAGGACAAGACCAAGGUGACGCUCGUGUUUGGCAACGUCACCGAGGAGGACAUCCUUCUCAAGAAGGAGCUUGCCGAGCUUGAGAACACGUACCCGCAGCGCUUCCGCGCCUUUUACGUGCUGGACAAGCCGCCCAAGGAGUGGGCUGGUAACAAGGGCUACAUUACCAAGGAGCUGCUGAAGCAGGUUCUCCCCGAGCCCAAGAGCGACAACAUCAAGGUUUUUGUCUGCGGUCCUCCUGGGCUGAUGAAUGCCGUUUCGGGUAACAAGAAGAGCCCCCAGGACCAGGGCGAGCUUGUUGGUGUUCUCAAGGAGCUGGGAUACUCUCCCGACCAGGUCUACAAGUUCUAG